AUGGACAUCGCCAAUGUACGACAAGAACUUGACGAAAUCCGCGCAGAAUGGAAUCGAGAAAGAGAACGACUACGACAAGAAAUCAUUGAAGCGAAUCGCCACCGUGCUCAACACGUCGAUGAACGCGUUCGUGUAGUUGCUUUAGAACUAGCCGUGGACCGAGUUCAAGCUCAAUUCGGAAGAGCUCCACCACUUCCUCCACCCCCACCACCUCCACCUGUCAAACAAAUCCUUCGUUGCCGGUUGUUAAAUCACAAAUUGGUUCCAAAUAAGCAACUUUAUCAAAUUACAACUGGACCAAUUGAAAUGUACAUUCAAAAAAGUGCAAACGGACAGUGGACACCUUCAAAGUUCGAGGCCGAAGAGCCAGCCGCUCCAAAUGUGCUACUUCCAAAUGGGUUAACCAACAAUUUUACCAGGUGGUCGGCCGCUGACGUCAUGAACUGGGCCGCCCAAUUCAUCGACGAUGCACACGACCUAGAUCAUCUUGCAAUGUACGAGCUUGAUGGAUACGGUGUGUACCAUAUGGUUCGAAAUCAAGGACGUCCUGGAGUUGUCCAUCUUCGAAGAUUCUCCGUUGAAUCAAAUUCUACAGUAACCAUCAAUCCUCCAAUGAUUCCUGCAGGUGUUGGAAGGAUACCGAAUGAUGUUAUGCUUCAUCUCACCUUACAUCUCAAUCGUCUCAUUAAUAUUCUUCAUGGACAUAAUGAUCACGUGGAGGCUUGA